AUGUUUCAGAAAAGUAAAUCCCAAAAAGUAAGUCCAAAACACACAGAAGCCCCAUAUAGGCUUGUUUUACCCCAAAAUUUUGCUGAAGAUGUCCUUAACCAAGAAAUGGCCUUAAGCAUUCAAUGUUCAAUUCCUCAAGUAUCAAGAUUAAUGGAGCUUUAUUCAGUAAAAUCGAAAUAGGCAGCUAUUGAAUAUUAUGAAUCUAUUCCAGACCUUAAGUACCUUCAUUAUCAAGAGCGGCUUCAAAAAUUACUAACUCGCAGGGAUGUUCUAAAGCUUCUAAAUGAUCAACCUCACCGAUCAUCAAAAUUAUCAGAAUCAGCCCCAAUUUCUAUUAGAAAACCUCCAGAAAAACUGAAAUUAAAAAUAAAGCCAGUCAUCCCAUAUGAAGAAAUAGCACCGACACAGCCAGUCAUUGUUAGAGGAGCUGAGGAAGUAAUAACCACUCAUAAUAAAGAAACUAAUAUUACAAGUAAUAAAGUUAGAGAUAACAUACGAGUCCAAGAAGGAAAAGAGCUUAAAGAAAGACUAGAAGCAAGGAAAAGGUCUAACAGCUCACAGCCAAUCCAAAGGAAAAAUAGCUAUAAAAAUGGGAAAAAGCCAGACAUGGAAAAUCAGAUGGAGAAAUAUCAAGAAGAAAUUGAAAAAAUAAUCGAAAAAUAUUUACUUCUUUUUUAAAAAAAAAAAAAUAUUAUAUAGCAAAAAUAUCUUGUGUACAAUAUAUUGCUAUAGGGCUGUAGAGGAUGUUAAUUAUUUUAAAAAAUAAAAUUUACAGAGAGUUAGAGAAAAAAAUUGUGAAAAUUCAAGAAAUUAAAGAAAAAUAUAAAGAGCAAAUGAAUGAAAUUAAAGCUAUGGGAGAUAAUGGUAAAAAAUAUAUAGAUACAAUUAAGGAGAUUUUAAGAGAAAUGGAUAAGCAAAUGCUUCGAGAAAUUGAAGAGAUUACACAGCAGUUAGCUCAGGAAAGGAAAAAUGAGAUUGCAGAGCUGAAAGGAAAAAAUAUAUUUGAGUUGUAA